AUGACACGCGACGAUAGGUCUGCCCUUUCUCCUGAUGACGGUGGUGACGGUCAGUACGGAGUACCAUUUCCAUCCCGCUCCUCUUCUUGGGUCACUUGCACGAGAUCACCAUCGCCCAAAACUAUCUCGGGGUAUUCGCGAAUCCGCAGCAGAGACGCCGUGAGGACCGCCCCGCCACCAUCAGCUCUAAAGUUCUCGCGGAUCUUGCCUUAGGUCUCGGCAGGACUGUCACACCGUUCAACAUUUACUGAGAAUCAAACUGCUGCGAAUGGCUCCGGCGAUGAGGCUCUGACCACUGCCGAGGAGGACGUUUGUUUCUCGCCUCCUGAGGAGAGCAAAACCCGGGGCGGGAUUGAUUUUGAGGAGAUGUAUGAAUUUGUAGCCGGCCAAUCACGCGCGAAGCCUUGUGAGAGGAGAGGGAAAUGAGCACCUGUGGGGAUGUCAUUGGGCCCCGAUACUUUGACCAAAUCAAGGCCCAGGAGGAUUUGUCCGCUGCUUCUGGCAGUGUUAGGAAAGAGGGUCCCAUAUCUUCCCCGUCCCCCUCUAAUAAUGAGAAAGCCGAGUUUUGGAAUACGCCGACCAUUCCCCGUCAUAGGCGUGUGAGCAAUCCUGAUCGAUUCAGUUUUUCCUCAUCCGAGGGUAAUGCCAUGAUCCACACUCCCGAGAUUGGCGACCUCCCAGGCGAUGAGGGGAUGCUCCACGAGCGCUCCCAUAAUACGCAGGGGGUCUGGUGGUUGGACUGCUACGAUCCUACUACAGACGAGUUAGCUAUGCUCAUGAAGGCCUUUGCAAUCCAUCCUGUGACAUCUGAGGAUAUUUGGGUUCAAGAGACUCGCGAGAAAGUUGAGCUUUUCAGGUCCUACUGUUUUGUAUGCUUCCACUCUUUUGUGCAAAAUAAGAACUCAUCGGACUUUCUAGAUCCCCCAAACGUCUAUACCAUUGUUUUUCGCGAGGGAGUGUUGAGUUUCCAUUUUGCACCUUCCCCGCACAGCCCCAACGUUAGGAAACUGAUUAGUCAACUCCGUAAUUACGUCGCUCUCUCAUCAGAUUGGAUUUAUGCUACGCGUUGA